AUGGGGAGAAUUAUUGGUGAAGAUUUAUCUAUUCAAGGGGUGCUCAUCAAGUUUGCCACAAGAGAUGGAGAUUCAACGUCAGCUACCGGAAUUGAAGAGGCAAUGAGAACUUUACAUCCUAUGUGGAAAAUUGAAAAACUAGCUGACCCAGCCCAUCUUAGUGCAUCUCAGUUCCACCAAUGUUGUAAGGCUAAUUUAAGCCACAUAAUGUUCAGGGGUAAAACAAACGUUUUAAAAACAAAUCAAAAGAAAACUUUGAGCCAGGAUAUAAAAUCCAGGAUGCCUAAGCGAAAUCGUUCGUAUGUGGAUGAGGAUGAUAUUGUUCCGACGACAGCUGAGGACAGGUUGACUAAUAUUAUGCUCCAAAAAAUGCUUAGACGUGGGUUGUUAUUAAAUACUGCUGCUUCUUCCACCAGUCAGUCUCCUACAUCAGCUGUUAAUUCUUCCACUGUUCAGUCUAUCUCGACAACUACAUUUCAAACAACUCAAGCUUCACCCAGUACCAAUCAGAAUUUUCCUGAGGCUAUGGAAAUGGUAACCUCUGUUGAGUCAAUACCUGUCAAUAGUCAAGUUUUGCAUUCGUCUGUGGCAGAAACAGUGUCUGUAACAAACGCUCUCGACCCAUCUCCUAGACUUCCAGUGCCUAGUGUGAAUAAUCAAGAAUUAAUCCUGUACUGGUGGGUAAUAUGCCUCAUAGUCAGCAAUCUCUGUCAGUAUAUGCAUGUAUGCUCUAAAUGUGGGUUCAAUCAUGCAGCUAUUAAUUGUUUUGCUAAACGUACUCGCCAACAAUCUCAACCUCAAUCUCCUCAGGCCGAUAAUAAAGCGGUGGCUGUCGAUUCACUCUAA